UCAGAAGCACCAGCGUCCCGAGAGCCGCCGUCCUCCGCCGUCGUCCCUUUCAACUAACGCACUACAACCACGCCACGACUGACAGAAACAGCAGCUAUGAAGGGGCAGACAAGUUUUUUCCUGUGGGUACAACUUUUCACAGCUUGUCUGGUGUUUGGGGUGAACGGUGAUUACUGUGAGGUAAACGUGUGCAGUAAUGGCGGAACAUGUGUGACUGGGGCAGGAGCUCCCUUCAUCUGUAUCUGCCCUGAUGGCUUCACUGGAGAAACCUGCAAUGAGACUGAGACUGGUCCCUGCAACCCCAACCCGUGCAAGAAUGAUGCCAUCUGCGAAGUGACCGGUCAAUCCCGCAGAGGCGACGUCUUCAGCGAAUACGUCUGCAAGUGCCAGCCAGGCUUUGACGGAGUCCACUGCCAAAACAGUGUCCAAGGGGCAGAUUUAAGUUCUCAAAAAGAUGUGAAUGACUGUGCUGGCCAGCCGUGCGAGAAUGGUGGCACCUGUAGGGACCUGGAGGGAGAUUUCAAAUGCCACUGCCCAUCCCCUUAUGUGGGCAAACAUUGCCAGCUGCGCUGUAUUUCUCUGCUUGGUCUGGAGGGAGGGGGCAUCGCUGAGUCCCAGAUCUCAGCCUCAUCGGUCCGUUACAGCAUGCUGGGGCUGCAGCGCUGGGGACCUGAGCUUGGCCGCCUUCACAACAAGGGGUUAGUUAACGCCUGGAGCGCUGCUGCACAUGACAAGAACCCAUGGAUAGAGAUCAACAUGCAAAGAAAGAUGCGCUUCACAGGCAUCGUGACGCAGGGUGCCAGUCGCAUGGGAACUGCCGAGUUUAUCAAGGCCUUCAAGGUGGCCUCCAGCCUGGAUGGAAAGACGUACACCUUGUACAGAACAGAAGGAGAGAGGAAGGACCAUGUGUUUGUUGGAAACGUGGACAACGAUGGUACCAAGACCAACCUGUUCGACCCCCCAAUCAUUGCCCAGCACAUUCGCAUUAUACCUGUGGUGUGUCGCAAGGCCUGCACCCUGCGCAUGGAGCUGGUGGGCUGUGAGCUCAAUGGUUGCUCAGAGCCGAUGGGCAUGAAGUCCCGAUUGGUGUCUAACCGCCAGAUCACGGCCUCCAGCACCUUCCGCACCUGGGGCAUCGAGGCCUUCACCUGGCACCCCUACUACGCCCGGCUGGACAAACAGGGCAAGACCAACGCCUGGACCGCUGCCACUAACAACCGAUCUGAGUGGCUGCAGGUGGACCUGGAGUCUCCCAAAAAGAUCACAGGAAUCAUCACACAGGGGGCCAAAGACUUUGGCUCCAUCCAAUUUGUCACAUCCUUCAAAGUGGCUCACAGUGAUGAUGGACAGUCCUGGACCAUCGUGAAGGACGAGACCACAAAGACAGACAAGAUCUUUCCAGGCAACAGCGACAACAACGUUCACAAAAAGAACAUCUUCGAGCCCCCGUUCUACGGACGAUAUGUCCGCAUCCUGCCGUGGGAGUGGCACGAGCGCAUCACCCUGCGAAUCGAGCUUCUGGGCUGUGACGAGUAGCGCCGCCCUGGAGCCGCCCCCCCUCUCCUGCUCCUUUCUCUACCUCCUCCCCCCCGCCCUCCUCUUCUCCCCUGCCUCCCUUCUCCCUCCUGAGCCACACCUGCACUGCCUUGCUCUCAGCCCUAGGGGGCAGCAAACACCAGAGUAGCACACCACCGCCCCGACCCUGCCUGGUUGCAGGUGGGACAUGUUACCCUUAACCACUGUUACCAGGGCCCUGAUUGAGUUUAGCUCACUGUGUCCCCUCUUUGUUCAUUUCCUGAACUGAUCACUCCUCUUUUCCACCUGAACCAAAUCUGUGAUCAUUCCAGGAAACAACUUUAUAUCUUCUUCGUUACCGAGCAGAGUUGGGGUCCAAUUUUUAUUCCACCUACCAGCUAAAUCAAAGGUGGUAACUCCCCAGCAUCCCUGUGCCAGAGGUCAGGGGUAACAGGACUGCUGCUGUAUCAGUUGGUGCUGCCUAGACUCUGAUCCUAGAUCAGUUCUACCUGGAACAUUGAACCUCCAAGACCCACGGCUGGUGAUGUACAUAAGCUCCACUUAACAGCUUGCACACGUCCUAUAACCCAACACUUCACCUCCACACAAGACACACAGAAUAUAUAUUAUCUUCAGAGGAUAUAUUGACACUGAUGGUUGGUUACAUUUCUUUAACAGAAGUGAAUCUGCGUGUAAGAAUAUCUGAUUACUAUAUUGGCAAGUAACCUUUGUCUUUAAAUCUGAUAGGAAACAUGCUUGUUGCUGUUUAGUGGAAAAAGAUAGCAAGUUUAAAACCAAUUUACGAGCAAAUUUGCCAUGUUUUUGUCUUUUUUAAGAAAAAAGAAGAGAUUUGAAGGUGUCCCACUGUGUGCCCGUCAGUGUUCCUGAUAUCUCCCUGCAGUGGUUUGAAAGUAAAAUCUUUAGUUCAUGUUUCCUACAGUACAUGUGUUUGAACUGAACAUCCAAGGUGUAAAUAUAGUAAUAUAGUAGCAGCCAAUAACAGAAGAGCAAACAUCCCAAUAUUCACAGUAUACAAAUCCUCAUUUUGUAACUGAACAUGCAUAUGAGAGCAUAUUCAGACUCCAUCUAUUUCUGUUUGAUGCCACAACCUCAUUUAGAGGCCUCAGGCCGAAUCAGGGUAGAGUCAUCAACUAAUCUUGUGCCAACGCCCUCUUAGAUAUUUGUUUCUGUCGGUUUUUAAAGAUAUAUCAUACAGUGCACUGAGGCAGGCACACAGAAUGAAGCAUUAAUCGAGCACAUUAGAGCUCUGUGAUUGUGGGACAUAAUCCAUCAAUGAAGAAUUACAGCCAAACAGAUGUGAUCUCAUAGACAGGAUGUUAGACACACAGGACAAAAGAGUUCGAGGUCACUGUCAAGUGAAAGAGAGGAGACACCUUAUUGCUCCCGAGAAAAUGAUUGAUAGCCGUUAACUGAGACACGUUCAGCCAAAAACAAGGAAGGAGAACUCGUGUUUUGAGGUCAUAGAUUUCUCAUUUAGAAACUGAUUUCACAUCUUCGCUUGCAUGUGACGCUGUUGUUCCAUUAUUCAGAUGUCAUUGGCUGCUACAGCAGACGUGUAUUACAUUUCAUAACGAGGUUUAGUUAAAAAAAUAAGUUUAUGGUCCGUUUAUAGUUCAUUAGUCUUGACUUUUUUGGAGUGGAAUGAUUCUGGCGAGUGUUGAGAUUUUUCUCGCUGUCUGAUUCUCAGACGCACUUCAGGUCUGGACACUUCAAAUAGAUUUUUUUUUUUUUUCAUUGCUCACAUGAUUCUUGGAAUGACUACACUGGCAGUAUUAAAUCAAUAACAACCCAAUAAUUGUGCUACUAAUUGGUUAGUAUCAUAAACUGAGAGAUUAACAAUAGCGUAGCGGCUGCAAAUUUCUGAUGGAUGUGAUCGUCUCAGGUCAAAGCAGAUCUGCUCAUAACGUACAGUAAACGCUCCUGACACGCUACUAAUUCACUCACUCGGCUGUGUUUCUAGCUGUGUUCACACAGCUCCACUUUUUUUCUAUGGCACUUUGAUGUUUGUGUUUUGACAUUUGAAAUAUCCAAAAACCAAAAAGAAAAAAAACAGAAUUGUGCGUUGAAGAACAAACAGUAAACAUGUUCAUUACUACAAAAAAAAAAAAAGAAAUAUACUCGCAGUUCAGUUUCUUUGUUGGAUUAAACUGAGCUUUGAAAGUCGGUUGUUCAGUAUUAAUAUGCGACAUGCGUGUGUACAGUGCAUCUGUCCGUAUUAGUGAAUGUUAAUGUUUGCUGCAGACCAUCUAUUUUUGGGUCCAACAUUAUGCCCCCAGUUGAAAGCUGAGGCCCCGCUGAUAAGACUGUAAGAGAGAAACCAAAUUAAACCUGAUUUUUACGGUUUCACUGGACAUGUGACACGACCCGCCAUAUCAUCUGCUUCUGCUGCCCCCGUCACAGUAUUCUAAACCUUUCCACCCCAUGAAUUAUGAAUUAUGGGCUUGUGCAAUAUUAUACUGUGUUAGUUUUGAUAACAAUGAAUAUUAAUUCAAGAUCCUUAAAAAAUGCAUGAGGGGAUAGCAGUGCCACUGAGAGGUCGAGGAUAGAUGUUGGUGUCAAACACUGUACAAUAUUUAUUAUUGUUGCAGACGAUUCCAUGAGCGGUCACCCUUAUCCACGUCUGCAUGCAUUUUAUUGACUCGUGUUACUCUGUUUAGGUUCAACCGAUUGAAAUCAUUGGUGACAUAGCUUCAUUUUUUUUUCUAGGUGUUCAUCAACAUUCAAAGUGUUGUAGAUAUCUUUUUUCCCCGCUGUUCAGGUUUUCUAUGAUUGAUCAAAGUAAUUGAUAACAUUGAUGUGUUUUUUGGUAUUAUAUGAGUUCAUUUCUUGCUAUACUGACAGUUGACCUCAUAGAAUUUAAACUGGAUUUGAAGUUGUUGUUUUUUUUAUUCCAGUAUUGUGUUUCUAAGAGGAUUCCUUUUAUGUUUGGCCUUUGUAUCUUAAAAUGAAGAAUAAAUAAGGAAUGAAAAAAAUGA